AUGGAUAUUGAUAGAAGGUCGGCAUUAAGUUGCUCCCCCAAUAACAUGGAGUGCGGAUUCGGUAGCGGGCAUUUUUCUAAUAACAGUAUUACGUGGAAAGAGAAAUAUGAACAGACUAAAGAAUUGUUGAAGAGUUAUAAUUUAUUUUCAGAUCAUUUAAUAAAUUAUAGUAUCGAUUUUUAUUUUAACAAGUUAGGAUUUAACAAGUUUCAUUUUGAAGAGACAAGCCCCGAGUUGAUUAGUAAAGUGGUUGUGUGUAUUAUAACUGCCAAGAUUAAUGAACAGUAUUCUAGUGAUAAAUAUUUUCCUACUUUCGAAGAGACCCAUGACAAUGUAAUAUUUAUAAUAACAAGAGUAUUUGCUGAUGAUAAUAAAACAAGAUUAAAUUAUAAGAUGGAGAAAAAAAUUGAAGAGAAAUAUUUCAAUUUUUCUGACAUGUCAAAAGAUUGUUAUAGGUUAAAAAGUUUUAGAUCUGUACAUUCUGUUUUUGAUAAAGAACAUACGUAUCAAGAACCAUUAAGAACAUAUAUUUUAGAGUUACCAACAUAUAAUGAUGAUAUAAUAAAAGAGAAUGAAACCGAUUUAAAAAAAUUAAUGGAUGUUAAUUUUUAUAAUUAUAUUAAGGGCACAAGAAGUGAACAGAUUUAUUAUGAAUUGAAUAAAGCUGUAUUAUAUGAUUUAACCGGUCAAUUUUUACAAACACAUUAUUAUGAAACAUCAUCAAGUACUUUUACAUUAACCAUAGCUGUUAAAAGAAGUAAUGUUAUAUCUUCUAUAUUUUCCCUAAUUGGUGAUUGUUUAAAUAUGCAUAGAUGUUUUUCAUAUUCCAAAUAUGUAGAACCAUUAAAAAAUGGCGUGUUGUUAAUAAUUUUAAAUGUAAAAGUGAUUGUAAAUAAUGAAAUGGAACGAGAAAAGCAGAAAUUAGAUUUAAAAGAUAAAAUAUAUAAAGUGGUAAAAUCAUUAAAAACGUUAUGUUUAUUUAAUGAUUCUAAGUUUAUACAAUUAUCUGUAAAGCGAACCUUUACAGCACAAGAAUCAGCAUAUCUUUUUAUGAUUAUUAAGUUUAUUACCUUCUUUUCGACCAACACAUUAUCAAGUUAUAAAAAUGUAGAGCAUGCAUUAAAUCUAAGGAAUUAUAAUAACAACAUUAUGGAUACUACUACGAAUUCGUCAUCGUCUCCAUCAUCAGUUCUUAAUGAUGUUUAUAUUAUUAAAGAAAAGUUGAAGAGUUCCAAAUAUACAAAAGAGGAAAUAUUAAGAUGUGCUCAGAGUAAUGUGAGAACUAUAAAAAUGUUGUUUGCGAAUUUUGAAAAAAAAUUGAAUCAUCAGAGAAAUAAAUGUAAUCAGAUGAAAUAUGGUGAGAAUAAUAUGAAGAAUUCGGGUGAUCUAUUAAAAGAGUAUUCAACUAAUAAUAGGAACGUUGAUCAUCCUACUUUAUCAUCACUUGCUUCGUCUUCUUCAUCAUGUUCUUCUUCGUUUUCGUUACAUUCGUACUUGUCAGGAUCGUAUGAGUCUCCCUAUUAUCAUCAUAAUAAAGAUAGCAAGGAUAUUAUUGACGAAAUAGAAGAUAAUCAUGAUAAAAAAAUAUUACAAUAUUUUUACAUGUUUGAAAAAUAUGCUUUAAAGACGAACUUUUUUUUAACACACAAAAUUAGUUUAGCUGUAGCUUUUGACGGUGCUUUAUUAAAGGAUUCUAUUUAUGAAGCACAGCCUUAUUCUAUUAUUAUGAUAUUGGGUUUGCAUUUUGUUGGAUUCCAUAUACGUUUUAGUAAGAUAUCUCGAGGAGGAGUUCGUAUUGUUAUAUCGAACAAUGUGAAUUCGUAUAUGCACAAUUCAGAUAAUUUAUUUGAUGAAGCAUAUAAUUUGGCUUACACUCAAAAUUUUAAGAAUAAAGAUAUUCCGGAGGGUGGAAGUAAAGGAAUCAUUUUAUUAGAUGCAGAUGUAUGUAAUGUUGCUAAUACAAAAUAUAUUAAAAAUUUAUCUUUCUAUUCUUAUGUAAAUUCUAUAUUGGAUUUGUUAAUAAAUGAAGAUUUGAACGAAGAAAGUGCAUCUUCUAUAUCAGUCCAUUCAACCAAAGGUGCAAACAACACAACAAUUACCUUUGAUAAUGUUAUGAGUUCGGUAGAAAAUAUGGUAGACAGAGGAGGAGUAGAAGGAGAACACCUUAAUAUAACUUUACCAUAUGAUGCCAAUAUGGCUUGUAAUAACAACACAACUAAUGAUAAUUUAUCUAAUAUGCAUGAUACAUAUAAUUUGAAUAAUUCUGGUGAGGCAACUCUUGAUCACCAUUCUGUUGAUAAUAGAAUUGUGAGUAACUCAAGUGGUACUAAUAAUAUGAAUGCACAGAAAGGAGAAGGUGAAGAUGAAAAGGCAAAGGAUAAAGAAAUGAGUAACAAUAGGAAAAAUGAAGAAAAUGAAAGAAAAAGGUGUGAUAAUGUGAGCAAUAGUAAUUAUAAUUACGUUAAUGGAACAACGGAAGAUGCUGUACAGAAAAUUAUGGGUUCAAAGUGUAAAGGGGGAAGAAAUAAUAAUGGAGAAGAAAAAGACGGAGAUAUGAACGGUCAUAACAACAACAAUAAUGAUAACAAUAAUAUUGAUGAUGAUGAACAUAUAGAAGAGUGCUACAAAGGUGCAGGGUGUGUAAUAAAUGGUGAGAACAAAACGAGGAAGAUGAUAUUACAAGAAAAAAUGAAUGAAGAAGAAGAUUUAAUAUUUUUAGGACCAGAUGAAAAUACGGGUUCUGAUCAAUUAAUGGAUUGGGCAUGUAUAAUUGCAAAAAAGAGAAAAUAUCCAUAUUGGAAAACCUUUUCAACAGGGAAAUUAAGAAAAAAUGGAGGUGUUCCUCAUGAUAUGUAUGGAAUGACAACCUUAGGUAUAGAAACAUAUAUAUCAAAACUUUGUGAAAAAUUAAACAUCAAAGAAGAAAGUAUUAGUAGAUCUUUGGUAGGUGGUCCAGAUGGUGAUUUAGGUAGUAAUGCAAUUUUACAAUCUAAAACUAAAAUAAUAUCUAUAAUAGAUGGUUCAGGUAUUUUAUAUGAUAAACAAGGAUUAAAUAAAGAGGAAUUAAUAAGACUAGCCAAAAGAAGAAAUAAUAAAGAUAAAAGUAAAGCCAUAACAUGUUGUACAUUAUAUGAUGAAAAAUAUUUUUCCAAAGAUGGUUUUAAAAUAUCAAUUGAAGAUCAUAAUGUGGAUAUUUUUGGUAAUAAGAUAAGGAAUGGUUUAGAUUUUAGAAAUACUUUUUUUUUGAAUCCAUUAAAUAAAUGUGAAUUAUUCAAUCCAUGUGGUGGUCGACCACAUUCUAUUAAUAUAUUUAAUGUUAAUAAUAUAAUAAAAAAUGGAGAAUGUAUAUAUAAAUAUAUUGUAGAAGGAGCAAAUGUAUUUAUUUCAGAUGAUGCUAGAAAUAUUUUAGAGAGUAAAAAUGUUAUACUCUUUAAGGACGCAGCUACAAAUAAAGGAGGGGUCAUAUCUAGUAGUUUAGAAGUUUUAGCUGGGUUAGUACUAGAUGACAAGCAAUAUAUUGAUUAUAUGUGUUCGCCUGAUAGUGACAUUCUACAAGUUGAUGAAAAUGAAAUUAAUUUUGUUCAUCAGAAUCAAAAAAUGAAUCAUUCCUUAUCAUUUAAAAGGGGAUCUAUAAACAAUUUAGAAGAAGAUGAAAAGAAGGACACAUCAAAUAAUGAAAAAAAUAAAAAUAUAAUAAAAACGGUUAAUAAGAAUGAUACCCAGGAUAAUAGUCAUCAUCAUAAUAAUUCAAAUAAGUGUAAUGAGGAUCAACAAGACGUUUCUGAUUUUUAUAAAGCUUAUGUUAAAGAAAUCCAAAAAAAAAUCACACAUUAUUGUGAACUAGAAUUUGAAUCAUUAUGGAAAGAAACAAGAAGAACAAAAACACCCAUAUCUAAAGCAAUAAAUAUCUUAUCAAAUAAAAUUAGCGAACUUAAAAAGGAUAUUCUUUCAUCUGAUACAUUAUGUAGAGAUUAUAAAUUAUUAAAAAAAGUAUUGGAACGUGUUAUACCACCAACAUUAUUAAAAAUUGUAACAUUUGAGCAAAUUCUAGAGAGGGUACCAUAUGUAUAUAUAAAAUCGCUCUUUGCUUCAUCCCUGGCGUCAAACUAUUAUUAUUCACAACAAUUCUUGAAUGACUUAUCUGCUUUUAAUUUUUUUGAAUACAUAACGAAAUUACAAAGCGAAAGUGCUUAA